AAAUCAAACAAUAUGUAUGGAUGCUGAAUAGGGGGAGAGAGAAAGUAGAGAGAGAAAGAGGCUCUCUCAACUCUCCAAGUCUCAACACCACACCACCGUAUAAGUGAAACGCAAAGGCCCUUUUGUUCUCUUUCUACGUUCGUUUGAUUUUCUCUCUCUUGCUUCCGCAUGCAUGUCGAUUGUGGAUCAAAUUCGAAGCUGGGGCACCGAACCCACCUUGAUCGAUGCCUAAAGAGAUGUGAUUUCUAGGAGUUUUUCGAAUCUUUCUACCGUUUGGGGCAUCGAAUCUGCGAAGCGUCGCCUUGUUUUCGUCAAUUCUGAUAGGGGUUCUGGGUUGGGAAUUUCGCACAUGAAGGGUCCGUUGGAUCGAACCAAGGUCGUGGUCCGGCACUUGCCGCCGACGAUUUCGGAGGCCGCGUUUUUGGAACAAAUCGAUACCGUCUUCAAGGGGCGCUACACCUUGGUCAAGUUUCGUCCCGGGAAAAACAGCCAGAAGCGACAGUCCUAUUCGAGAGCAUACCUUGACUUCAAGAGGCCAGAGGAUGUUAUUGAGUUUGCUGAGUUCUUUGAUGGGCAUGUUUUUGUUAAUGAGAAAGGUACUCAGUUUAAAACUAUUGUUGAGUAUGCUCCUUCACAACGCAUUCCAAAACAUUGGCCUAAAAAGGAUGGCCGUGAAGGGACAAUAUUUAAAGAUCCUGAGUACAUGGAGUUUGUUGAACUUCUUGCGAAGCCUGUUGAGAAUCUUCCCAGUGCAGAAAUACAAUUGGAGAGAAGAGAAGCAGAACGAGCUGGUGCUGUGAAGGACACUCCUAUAGUUACGCCUCUAAUGGAUUUUGUCCGUCAGAAAAGAGCUGCCAAGGGUGUAUCCCGGAGAUCAUUAUCUAAUGGAAAACUAAGCAGAAGGGCCAGUGGGUCAUCAUCUGGAAAUCCAAGUCUGGGCUCAUCAAAACGGGGUUCUGAAAAGAGAAGACUCUCCACCACAAUGUAUGUUUUACGGGAUACUGCAAAGAGCACAAGUGCAAAAGACAAGUCAACGUUCAUUCUGGUUCCAAAGCGAGAUGACCAGCUGCUGUCUGAUAAGUCUGUUAAUCUAGCUGCUGGAGGUGGAGCUGAAGCAUUGGAAGAGGAAAGUGGAGUUUCUGGAGCUGUUGAUGCUGGGAAGAAGAAAGUCCUCCUCCUGAAAGGAAAAGAGAGAGAAAUUUCUCAUCAUUUACUGCAGCAGAAUGUAACAUCACCAGUAAAGAAUAUACUUGGUGCAAAUGCUCCCAAGCAGAAUCAGAGACGUGAAGGUAGUGGAAGGAUAAUCAGAAGCAUACUUUUAAACAAGGAUGCACGUCAAAGUCAAUCUUCUAUGUUCCAGACGGAGCAACAGUCCCAAGCCUCUAACUUAGAGAAGGAGAAACGACCUCCUCGCCCUCCACACAUUCAAUUGGCUUCAAAGGAGACAAAUGGAGCUCAAGAUGACAAGGUUGUUGGGAAUGAUGUGCAUAGUUUUGUCAGUGAGAAGCAGGACAAACGUACAAGAAAUAAGGAUAGACCUGACCGUGGUGUAUGGACUCCUCUUCGCCGUUCAGAUGGAUCACAUGCAAGUGAUGAGUCUUUGUCAUCCUCUGCUUCUCAACCUACAUCUUCAGAUUUUCCUGAAGGAAGUCAUGGAGAAAUGAGAUCUGACAUGUCAAAUGCAAGGAGUGGUGAAGUCAAAGCACUUGGAAGUGGACGUGGUGGCCAUUCUGCAUUAGAUAAUGGAUCCCAUAAACACAGUGGUCGCCGUGGACCAACACACAGUGUAAAGGAUGCUGAUGGCUCUUCAAUUGUAAGUGAGGGGAAGCAUUCAAAAAGAGGAAGUGCUCCUGGAUAUGGUUCCCAUGAGGUGCUUGGAUUUAAUCUUUUGCCUGUUAAACAUGCACCAUAUUUUCUAUGUUAUGCCCAUAUAUUUUGUGCUAAUAAAUUUUGAGUCCUUUCAAAUGUAUAUGUCAGAAACAAGUGUGGGUUCAGAAGUCAAGUUCAGGUCCUUAGACUUCCUUAAAAGGUGAGCUUUUAUUCUUAAGAAUAAUCUGUGUUUUUAUGUCAUAUAUGUGAUACAAAAACAUAGAUGUUAAUUUCCAAAUUAAAUUGAUCAAGAAAUACUGAACAAAUGACUUAAUUGCCGUCAUAUUAAAAUUUUCAUUUCUCAGAGCAAAUAUCAAACUUUCAAAAAAGUUUCCAAUUUCCUAUCCCAUUGUGCAUGUUUUGGUCAUGUGGAAGAAGAGGAGCCAAAGAUCAUUUGAAAGCAAAGAAAUGUUUGAUCAAGCACUAAAAUUCAUGGCUCUUUUUAAUCUUUUAUCAUGGGUUAAUAUGUAUAUAGAUGGGGGUUCCCUAAGCCUAAUAAAUUUUAUAGAUUUGUUGUGGUCUUUGUGAAGGGGCAUUUUUUGUCUUGUUGCCCCUUCUUUUUUUGCUUUGCCUUUUGGCAUUCUUUGUACAUGACCCAUGUUCUUUGGUGCACUCUUUGUUAGGUGCUGUUGAUAUAUAUUUUUUUGUUUUCCUAUCAGAAAGGAAAAAAAAAAAAAUCAAAUUUACUGAUAAUUGGAUGGAAAAAAAUUCCUUAGAAUUUCAAAUAUGUUUGAUCCUUAUUGGAGUUUUCAGGAAAAGUAUCUGGCAUGAUUGGUAAUGGUAGGUGAAAAAAGUCCUUGCUUGUUAUUACAUUAUCUUUAUUGCUCAUUGUUUUUCCUUUUUCUGCCUUUUGAAGCACUUUAUUUACAUACUGUCUACUUGGGUUAGUCCCCUGUUCUUUUGCUAGGCACCUGUUAAUAUAUUCUUGAUUUGCACGUCAAAAGGUUGAUAUAAAAUGAGGUCUUACAUAGCUUUUUCUUAGAAAUCAAAAUAUGAGGCAAAAUAUCUGUGGUCAAAUGUUAUAUGAUAGACUGUUUGAUUAGUCCUUGGUGGAAGGAUAGUUUCCGAGGUAUUUCCUUUUGCUGCAAAGUGAAUCUUAUACAUUAGACACAUGUCAGACUAACAUAUGUAGCACCACAUGUUCUAACUGCAUCUGUGAGAUGUGAUUAUUAGGAGUUUAGUGCCCUGGAACUUCAUGAGCAAUUUACGAAUUUUCACUCUAUUAAAAAGCCAAAAGCUAUUACAUCCAAUCACCUGUUCACCCAGCUGGUUAACACUUGGUCUGCUAAAAGCAACUGGAUUGAGCAGAUCACAGUGGUUUUUACGAGGUGACAGUUCAGUUGUUGGACCGGCUGCUUUGUCUGUUUUUAUGACCAUAAAUUUAUUCCCUAGUAUUUGUAUUUAGUAAUUUUGAGUGCUUCGUCUUUCUUUUCUCUGUUUUUCUUUCUUUUUACUGCUUUGGAUUUUGUAGUUUGUCCCUCUUAUAGGUUUCUAUCCCUAGGCAAUAGCAUUCAAGGAUUAUGCUCAGCAAAAUAGAAAGGGCCUUCUUGAACCUUCCACAAGUGCAAAAACUUUCUAUUUGAUAAUGAAACUGGUAUGACUGGCUUGGAGAAUCCCAACUUGUGUUCCUUCAUGAUCCUCCAUUUAACUGACCUGGAGUUUCUAGAACACAACCAUGAGCAUUCAGAGAACCAAUUACUUGUAAAGAUGAUCUAUCUUAUGAAAAUGAAUUGCACACUAAAUUCUUGAUGUAUGUAUUCGUCAAGAAAAGGGGAUACCAAUAAAAGAUCAAAGAUCCGCUCCAACUUCUUGUAAUUUGAAAUUGGGGAGAGAUACAGAAUGAAGAAAAGAACAAGAUGGUGAUUUUACUGAAGUACAGAGAAUUUAUUGCUACUGCUCAAAUUUUCUCUCAUACUCCUUGGUGACUAAACUGUAGAGAGCUUUUGAAGAAUCCUAUCUCAUAAGGUCCUAAGCUGGAGUGAUUCUAUCAGUCAUGUAACCGAAAGAGUAGCUAAAAUGGCACUAAAUGAGAGUACUUAUUUUUUGUCCUCUUUUCUAAAUUCUCUGAAAGUGAUGUCCAGGAAGUUGGGUAUUUCAGAGGGAGCUGCCCAACUUAUCCUUACAAAAACAAACGGUUGGUUAAUUUGUUUCCUUUGGAGUCCCCAAAUAGGUUGUGUUAGGUCUAUCUGAUUUGGUGGAUGACAUAAUUAAUUCUUCAAAAAUGACCUGAAGUUGCAAAAUUUUCUGCACUGAGUACUAAUCAGGGAGUCUUGCUGAAAUGUCAAUGAGUUUGAACUGAGUGUCAAGUAGACAUGAAGACAAACUUAUCAAAAAUAAGAGUAUACAUGAAGACAACAGGAUCCAAGCUGGGUGUAAAGAGACAUCAAAUUGACACAAACUAACAAUUUCCCAGUUCCCUCUCUCUGAAAAUCUGAGAGAACAACAUAGAAACAAAUGCAACUAGUAGUCACCAUACACAACUUUCUAUCGCCUCAGCCUGUGACUUAGUCCUAUUAAACUUUAGUCCUCUCCUUAUGAACUGACCAAACAUUUUCAAAUUGGAAGCUCUGUGCCUAGUUGAUUGGCCGAGACUGGGGGCCUGGUGGCUAAUACUCAGAAUCAGUUUCUCCAUAAGGUCUUUAGGAGCCAAGUGAUCCUGCAUUGUAUGGAUGAAACAGGGGCUUAUAUUGUAGAGAUGAUAUGCAAAGGAAUAAGCAAGAGAAGGGGGACAGACUAGUAGGAAUUUGAAAUAUAUUGAAGGAUCAUCUCAAGAGAGAGAUCAAGCUGUUUUGGGUUAGUUAGAUGAAUUUUGUUCAAUUUAAUUUCAGCAUCAUCCUUUUCUUUUUCAAAUUUAUGCAUUCAUAUGUUUCACUACAUUGCUCCAUGUCCUUUUUGUGUUCCUUGGUCAGUGCAAUGCCUUCCUUCUCGUAAAAGAGUACUGUUGUAGUGGAAAAUGCCAUCAUCAGAGGAAAUAGCCACCAUUAAAGUGGAAAUCUGCAAGAAAGUUCCUUAUUAUCUUGUUUGGUUGUUGUGAGAAAUGCAUGAAAA